AAGCCGCAACACGGCUCCGAUGAGUGGCACAGACAAAGACGUGAAAACCAUAAAGAAGUCGAAAGAAGAAGACGUGAGUCUAUCAAUCACGGCAUCAAGGAUUUGGCAGCUUUGAUACCUACCAACGACACCAACAAGGCACAAAUCUUGCAGAGAGCCGUUGAAUAUAUCAAGAGAUUGAAGGAAAACGAAAACAACAACAUCGAAAAAUGGACUUUGGAAAAAUUGUUGACGGAACAAGCUGUCAGCGAGUUGAGUGCCUCCAACGAAAAAUUGAAGCAGGAGUUGGAAAGAGCUUACAGAGAAAUCGAGCAAUGGAAAGAGAUGGCCAGAGGUGGUGAGAAGAAGUGA